AUGUUUGGAAUUGUAUUUUGGCAGACUGGAUCAACCAUUAAACAACAACAAGAUAUAUUCAACAUACUAGGGCUUAUAUACGGAUCAGCAUUGUUUCUUGGCUUCAACAACUGUUGUAUCUUACAACCGGUUGUGGCAACAAAGAGGAUUGUUCUCUGCCGAGAAAAGGCAGCAGGCACAUACUCUACGUUGGCCUAUGCCAUAGCUCAGGUGGCAAUUGAAUUGCCUUACAUGCUUGUCCAAGUGUUCAUAUUCGCGACAAUAGUAUACACAAUGAUUGGAUUCCAGAUGACCGCCAAUAAGUUCUUUUGGUUUCUACUUUACAUGGUGCUAAGCUACAUGUACUACACACUCUUCGGGAUGAUGACAGUGGCACUAACACCGAACAUUGAGAUAGCUUCUGGAUUGUCCUUCCUUAUCUUCAUCUUUUGGAACAUCUUCUCCGGCUUCAUGAUCGGAAGAGAGAUGAUCCCUGUCUGGUGGAGGUGGGUGUAUUGGGCAAACCCAGCAGCAUGGACGGUGUACGGACUCAUGUUCUCCCAGCUUGGUGAUCGGACAGAGCCAAUUCUUGUACCUGGACAACCAAACCAGACAGUGCGGGAGUUCCUCGAGGGCUACCUUGGCCUCGAGGACCACUACUUCAACCUUAUCACGUACCUUCACGUGGUCGUCAUCGCCUUCUUCGCCUUUAUCUUCUUUAUCUCCCUAAAGUAUCUCAAUUUCCAACGGAGAUAG